ACACCCAUUGAUCCGAGACAGUUCCAAGUUUUGAUUUUGUGGUGUGCAGACGGUCUAAUCUGAAAAUCUAUUCAAAAUGUGUGACGACGAUGUUGCUGCUUUAGUUGUUGACAAUGGCUCAGGUAUGUGCAAGGCCGGUUUUGCCGGAGAUGAUGCACCACGUGCCGUCUUUCCAUCAAUUGUUGGACGCCCACGUCAUCAAGGUGUCAUGGUUGGUAUGGGACAAAAAGACUCAUAUGUUGGAGAUGAAGCCCAAAGCAAGAGAGGUAUCCUCACUUUGAAGUACCCAAUUGAACACGGUAUCAUCACAAACUGGGAUGAUAUGGAAAAGAUCUGGCAUCACACUUUCUACAAUGAACUCCGUGUUGCCCCAGAAGAACAUCCAGUUCUCCUCACAGAAGCUCCAUUGAACCCAAAAGCUAACCGCGAGAAGAUGACACAAAUCAUGUUUGAAACAUUCAACUCACCAGCCAUGUAUGUUGCCAUCCAAGCUGUUCUCUCAUUGUACGCUUCAGGUCGUACCACCGGUAUUGUCUUGGACUCCGGUGAUGGUGUUUCACACACUGUUCCAAUCUAUGAAGGUUAUGCUCUCCCACACGCCAUCCUCCGUCUUGACUUGGCUGGUCGUGACUUGACUGAUUACUUGAUGAAGAUCUUGACUGAACGUGGUUACUCAUUCACAACCACAGCUGAACGUGAAAUUGUUCGUGAUAUCAAGGAAAAAUUGUGCUAUGUUGCAUUGGACUUCGAACAAGAAAUGGCUACCGCUGCUGCCUCAACAUCACUCGAAAAGUCAUAUGAAUUACCUGAUGGACAAGUCAUCACCAUCGGUAAUGAACGUUUCCGUUGCCCAGAAGCUCUCUUCCAACCAUCAUUCUUGGGAAUGGAAUCAUGCGGUAUUCACGAAACAGUUUACAACUCAAUCAUGAAGUGCGAUGUUGAUAUCCGUAAGGACUUGUAUGCCAACACAGUCAUGUCAGGAGGUACCACAAUGUACCCAGGUAUUGCUGAUCGUAUGCAAAAGGAAAUCACUGCCUUGGCUCCAUCAACCAUCAAGAUCAAGAUCAUUGCCCCACCAGAACGUAAAUACUCUGUCUGGAUCGGAGGUUCAAUCUUGGCUUCACUCUCAACCUUCCAACAGAUGUGGAUCUCAAAGGAAGAAUACGACGAAUCAGGCCCAGGCAUUGUCCACAGAAAAUGCUUCUAAACUGUUUAACAACAACCAAGUUUUCUCUCUCGCAAAAUUCAACUUUUUAUUAUUAUGUAAUUAUUAUUAUUGCUAUUACAAUUAUCCAUCUUUCAUAUCUUCACUUAUCAUAAUGUAAUAAUAAAUGAAAAGAUAAAAUCAAUUCAAAAAGUUGUAUGGUAAAUAUCAGCAUAUAUAUGUACAAAAGCCCUAGAAAAAUUCAACAUCAAUAGCUCUUUAAUUGAUAAAUUAUUAAUUUUAUUUUGCCUCUUAAAAAAAACUUUCUACUCAUUGUUAUGAAUGAACUUAGAAACGACCAAAAAUGUGCAAAAUUAAGAUCUACUGAUCAUACCCUUUCAUCUGUUUUCACAACUUAACAUCAUAUAAGAGAAAGAAAAAGCCAAGAACAAAUUCGUGUGCGAAAAUUGAAUAGUUCUAUAUUUUUAUAAAUAAUUUUGCGUGAAUAUUCUUUUGACAAAAAAGUAUCAACAUCUGCAAACAAUAAUAAUUAAAUGAACAACACACUACCAACUAAGAAACCAAAAUGUAUGAAAAAUUACAACAACAACGAAGGACAAAUUUUAUAAGAUUAAGUGCAAUUUUGUCUUAUUUUGUUAUGUAUAAAUUAAUUUAUAUAAAAAAGUAAAUAAAUAUUCUUCUUUAAUAAAUGGCGCAAGAGAUUUCUUUCAAUACCAUAUUUUU